UAAACAUUUUACACCUGCAAGGCGGACAAUUUAAAAGGGAAAAGUAAACAAAUUUAAUUACAGGUAGAAAAUGUGAAAAUUUAGAAUAAUUUCCUCGACACAUUUCGAGAUUUAUUAAUCAUGACAUCAGAAAAGCAAGAUGUCAACAACACUAGCCUGGAGUUGCAGCAGGACCUGGAUCGCAGCACGCCAAGGCAGUGUGUCACUCUUACCCACAGUGUGCCUUCAGUGCAGAUGUACUAUGCACUGCGCUCCAAACUCAGUACUUGUUCACAGGCUUGGUUACAGGAGUUCCUGGCCUUGGAUGGCCUUGAUAGCCUGUUGAAUUCGCUGGAAGAGAUGUCUGGGCAGAAGUUCACAUGCUUCUCGGACGCCAUUCUGAAGAUGGACUGCAUCUCGUGUGUACGCUGCAUCCUAAACACCACCGCCGGCCUCCAGCACUUCAUCAGUAGCGAUGUGUACACCAAGAAACUUACCAUGACCCUGAGCUGUUGUGACUUUCUGCCCAAGAAGCAGGUCAUCGAGAUGCUGUCCACCAUCUGUGUGUACAGCAACAUCGGCUACCUGCGUGUCAUGGAGGGACUGCACCAUGUCAAGAAUGAAUGUGACGAGCUGAACAGAUUCAGUGUGAUAGUUCGCGACCUCCAGGGGCAUGACACAGUGGCGUACAAGACUGCCAUUAUCACCUUCAUCAACGCCCUCAUCAACUGCACCCCUGAAGUCUCAGAAAGGAUACGCAUUCGCAAUGAAUUCAUUGGUCUUCAGUUACUUGAGAUGAUUUCCCAGCUGAGGAAGGAAGGUCCAGAUGAAGACCUACUGUUGCAGCUCGAGGUGUUCCACGAGAGGAAGAUGGCUGAUGAGGAAGGGAUGUCCACCACCAACAACAUCGACUUCAACAGCCCCCAGGACCUACUAGACCAGAUACAGGCUAGGGUGUUUGGCAGUACACGGAUGGUGAACUUCGUGAACAUCCUCCAGGACUUGCUGGCAAUAGAGACUGUCUACUCCUGUCACAGCGGUAAGCUUUGGCAGACAGUGGACGACCUGGUACAUCACACUGUUCACAGCACAGACGCUGGGGGAAUGGCCAGACUGACCAGUGGGGGCGUGUCAAAACUGACCAAUGGACUGCAGCCCCUUCCUGAUCAGCUUGACCAUGGACUGCAGGCAAAGUGUGGUGUUACCUCCCAGAAUGCAAAAUGCAGUGUAACUUCUCAGUGUGCACCAGAGAACAGGUUUGGAAGCACCCAUGGGGCAGACCCUAGUAAGGACAGAUGUGGUGAACAGUUAUCUAAUAAGCAGAAAUGUAAUGAAGCAACUCCGACCAAUGUGUUGAGCUGUGAGGGCCUAGAUGAUGACAUCAGUAGCAGUUCCUCACAGAACAGGACUGUAACCAAUGAAAACUGGACAGUGAAAGAGCCUUCUCUAGUCAAUGCCUUGAGUGACGGAAGUCUUAAACCAGCCCUGCCAAGAAUGUGUUCCAUAUCCCCCACAGAUCUCACGUUUUUUAGCAGCCAGACUACCAAGGGCAAGAACUCCUUCAGAACGUGUCUGAAUGUUGAGGCUAACAACUGCAGCAAAACAUCAUCAGACACGAGUGUUAAUAUUCAAAAUACCUUCAGCAACCGCACCAUUGUAAGCCAGGGUGAUGGGUCAAUCGGAGAAGCUUGUAGCAACAGUCAAAAGUCUCAACAAUGUCUAAUCAGCAACAAACUUCAGAUGAAUAUUAAUGUACCAGAAUGCAAGGGCCAUGUUUAUCCGGACAGCAAAGUCUCCAUCAAGAUUUACAAUCUUUUGCAUGAGCAAUCUUCAUUAGCAGAAGACAUAACAGAAGACAUGAAGUCCCUGGAAAGUUGUUUAGGGAGUGGUGCAGUGUCGCAGUUGGGUGAAUUCCGUGGUAGGAAGCAGAGUAAUGCAGUAGUGCGAUCCCUUGGCCCAGCCCCUAAGGAACCCCUGCACCCUCUCAAGUGGGUCACCCUAUCUGAUGAGAGGAUAGCUGGCAGAGAGCCUUGUGUGUGGUCGCCCCCGAUUACUGACCUGGGGAAGAUAACUGUGGACUACUCGGCCCUGGACAGUGCCUUCCAGGUUGCCUCCCCUGGAUCAUCUGAUGCUGUGGAAGAGAUAGUACUAUUGGACACUGUGACCCGGUUGAAGAUCAACCUGUUCCUCAGUCGUAUGGACGCAGGCGCGGAGGACCUCGUGGCCAAGCUGGAGAUUGGAGAUCAGACCGGGGACCUCAAGGAUCACAACAAGGAUCCCAAUGGCCUCUCCCUGCCCAUGCUGCAGUACCUGGGUAACAUCCUUCCAUGCCAGGAAGAGGUGGAGAUGCUGCGUUGUUACAAAGGCCCUCGCUUAGAACUCGGGAUGGCUGAGCAGUUUGUGCUCCUGUUGUCAGACAUUCCCGACUACAUGACACUUCUAGAAGGACAGCUGAUGAGACGCGAGUUCACAAAGAGCACGCAAAAGUUCCAUGAAGAUCUGACCUCCAUGAUCAACCUUGCCAAGCUGUUGCUGGAAAGUGCCGACUUGAAGCAGAUACUGAAUUAUGUGCUACGAGUUGGAAACUAUCUUAACUAUGGCAGGUACCAUGGUGAUGCUGCCGGGUUCAAGCUGUGUACCUUACUGAGGCUGGGUGAGGUACGGGGCGGCACGGGGGCUCAUACCCUGCUCCACCACACACUGCAGGCCUGCAAGGGCAGCAACAUCCUGGGCUUUGUGAAGGAGGUGCUGGCACUGGAGAGGGUCGCCAAAAUCUCAAUGGAGACGAUGAAGGGGGACAUCAACAAGGUCAACCUGAGACUGCGAGGCUUCAUGGCCAACCUGGUGAACACCAGCCAGAAACUGCAGAACACUUUCCAGCCCUUCAUAGAGUCACUCAAGACAGAAUUUGGCAGUAUCCAGAGCCUGACAACAGAGUUGCGGGCCCUGACAGACCAGCUGGCAAAUUAUUUCUGUGAGGAUGAGACCGCGUUUAACAUCCUGGACUGCUUCAAAACUAUCAUAGACUUCUGUAAACAAGUGCACAAAUGCCAAAAUGAGGGUUACACACUACCACAGGUUACUGACAGGCAGCCGUCUGCAGAUGUACUGAAGAAGAGGCUACGCAGUAAACUAAUUGCACUGGAGUUUGGACAGAAUGCUGGAGCCAGUUCCUCCAUGGUAGAGGAGAAGCCUCCCAAGGUGACAGAGAAGAUCCUGCACCAGCUGCACAAGGGCAACUUCCAGCCGUGUGUUGCCCCUUCCACGACCCCAACUCCCGAGGGGCACCCCCUGGAGAUGAGCUGUAUCCCGUUUGUGGGCAGCCCUGCAGGAAACAGGGUCCGCUGUGGGACCAAUGCUAGCGACAAUGUCUUUGUUGAUACACCGGAGCUUGUGUGUGCGGGAUACAACAGUUCCACAGUAGGCAAACUAACACGAAGCAGCACCCAAAAGCUGCGACCAGUUACCACGACAUGCACUGCACAGACUAUGAAAGUAGUCCCACCUGACCUGGCCUUCCCACCAUCCCCCAUCACAGGAAACACAGGGCAUGCUGGGAAGAAGUCUGAAACUCUCCACAGGAAGUUGUUCCCAGCUCCAAUUAAAGAGUAUCAGGAAAGGGAGGUAAUUUCAGAGGAGGAAAAGACUAGGCAGACAAUGAAGAGCAGAAGACAGCUGGAGUUGCCCAAGAGAAAUCCGGGUCACCGACGCAGCAGAAGUGACAUGCUGGACUCUUUCUAUGCAGUUGAGAAAUGGAUUGAAUAUGAGAAAAAUAGGGACUUGGAGACAAUUGUGAGUAAAAAUGGGCGACCACCGCUUGCCGAACCAGAGAGUAUUUGUAAUCUGUCUACGUUGAAUCUAGAGAAACAUGGGAAGUUUAUAUCCAACAAGGAUGUCUAUGCGUAUCAGUCCCAGCAAGGAAGAGGCCCAGUCUGCAGUCUGGAGCAAGGGCCUACGCUGAAAAUGCCAGAGGACAAGAAUCGCAAACCAGACAAACCAGAAAAGAAAUCCUCCGUCGGGGGAUUCUUCAGCAAGUUGGGCCGAGCGGUUUUGAAGCCCAGGAAUGUAUAUUCAGACGGGGACCAAUACUUGGACCAGGGCAACAAGGUACCGAAGGAGAGAAAGAAGUCCUUUAGCUCAGACAAAGAGAAUGUCAAUAUGGACCCCAUGCCAGCAGAUGGGCUCGGGAAUUUUGGACUGCGUGAUUCCAAGAGGUCUUUCAAAUCAGAAGGGAACGCUAACAAGGUGUCACGGUUCUUCCAGAGAGGGGGCCUUUAUAGGUCAUCGAAGGCAAAAAAAAAGAAUCAAAAUGUGGCCUUAAUGAAUUUAGUUAAUAAUUGAACCUUGUACUGUAAAAACUUGGCUUAAAGCAUGUGCCUAAAGUGUCGUUCCAGAUCAGCCUGUGCAGUCAGCACAGGCUAAUCAUAGAUGACACAUUUUGCUUUUAUGUCAUUUUUUUGUCACAGAAAGUGUCAUCUCUGAUAAGUCUGUGCAGACUUAACAGGCUAAUCUGGGAUAACACUUUAUGCACAUGAAUUGUUAGUAUUAAACAAACUAUUGGUUAUUGCAAAAAAAUUGUUUUUGCUUUUGGGUUGGUGUUUUAGUUAGCUUUUUAUUUGGUGGUCAAGUGGAAAUGCUUGCUUAAACUUUUUGUCUGGCAUGGCUAGAAUCGAAUCCAAGAGGUAUUUUUUGUUUGAUGUUAAAAUUUAUCAUAGGAUCUGUCUCAUUUGCUUGAGCUUAAGUUAAAAUUCACAUUUUUUCUCUUCAUCUGAAGUCUAUACAAAACAAGAUUCCGUUUGAGAGAUUGCAUUUAUGGCAUUUUUGUUUUUAUUCAGGUUUGGGGUUGGUUUUGGUUAAAAACUUGACUAUGACUUUGAGAAAAAAAAAUCCUUUGCAUUUUGUUCCCAUGGGUGAAUCAAUUAAAGUAAAAAACCUAAAGGAUAAACAGGAUAUUUACUCAAAAUAGAAGAUGAUAACAAAAUAGCACUCUGUUAAGUAUGAACACUAAACCAAUUUGAAACUAAUGUUAUUAGUUGAGUGGAAAAAAUUCAACAUAGGCCCUACAUUGCAGUAUUAGUAUGCAAUUGACACCUGGAAACCAUGUGAGGUUUGCCAAGCUCAAAUAGUUCUUAUGCCAUUUUUGGCCUGCAUAGUUCAAGGCCAGUCUGCGCAUCCUGCAGUCUGGGCAGGAACAACCCUUUCUUCUUACAAAACCUUGCAUGACUUGAUAGCGGAUUGGGAAGCUCUUGACCAGACUGCCAAAGCAGGUUGUUUCUAUGCUGGUCCUAUUUGGCGUAGACCCAUUUUUUGUGUGUGAUACUUGGCUCAUGUUUCUAUGCAUUUUAAAUCAUGAUACUCAUGGAGAACAGCUACAAUUUGUGUUUUUGUGUGUUUUGUAAAACCUUUUCCCAACCUCAUGAAACUGAAUUAUCUGCUAGAGAAAAGUUAGAACAUGUUCAAGUUCACCUUAUGGCAUUAAAACUUUAUUAAAUCUAACAAAGUGUAUAAUUUUAUAUUUCAUAUAUCUACAUAUUGGGAGGUUUUUACUAAGUUAUGUUUAGACAUUUUCUUGUAAAUGUGUUAUUUAUUAGAUACAGUAAGUGUGAACAUUAUUUAAAUGUUGUGUUAUUUUCUUUUAAUUUUUCGUUUUUGCUUUCAUUCCAUUCUAUAAAAUGUGUACUUAUACAAUACUACAUUCCAAUUAAUGCAUGUUAAAUGUUGUGUUAGUAUUUGCAAUACAAUUAGGUAAUUAAAUAUUUAUGUAAGUUUUCAUGAUGAAAUAGGAUUGUAUAAUCUUUGUGUCACUUUUUUCAAUUACUUAAAAAAUUGGCAUCAGUUUCAUAUUUAACAUCAUCAAUUUUUAUUACAUGUAUAUUUUUGUAAGGUCUAUCUACAAAAAUAAUUGAAAACAUAAUAUAAAUUCCUUUUUUGUAUAAAUAAAUUGAUGUAUUGUUAUGUUGUGUUUACAUGUACAUUGUUGUCAGACAAAAAAAUGCAUUUCUAUCUGUGUGAAAGUUAGUCACAUUUGUGCUACCUAAAUCAGUAUUAUUUGUAUAACACCACAGUGAGGGUGCAUAUUCAAGUCGCUAUGUUAGUCAGUCUGUUGACAUAAAAUGUUUAAGGUUUUUGAGGCAAACUUCUUCCACACCUUUAAAUGAGCCUUGCUCUGUGACAAUGAAGCUUAAUAUAUGUGGGUAAAGUGUUUCCAAGGUUACCCUGUUCAACUGAAGAAGAGACUUAAAAUUAAAAAAAUCCAUAAAGGCUGCAAGGGUCGUCCCUUGCACAGGCUAAUCUGGGACGACACACACAUUCAUUAAGUCAUGUUUUCCUAAAGGCUUAAGUAUGUUAUUAUCAUGAAAUGUUGAUGUGCAGGACACUUUUCCUCCCCAGUGACCCACAAAUUCCUGAGUUAUGUGCCCUUGAAGUUAGCUGAAAAAGCCUGUCAGUUUUGUUACAAAGCUGUUGUUUUAUUAAAUUUUGGGUGUGACGUAUAUGGAUACAAUUCAUUAAAGUUUCAAUAUUUAUAUCCCCUGCACAAUGAUGUUAAGGGUGGGUGGGAUAUACUGGUUUCAUUGUAUCUGUCUGACCUUUGACAUAGGUAGAUAUCUUUGAUAAAAAUUGCAAUGCGCAAGAACCAUAAAUCUAGCUUCCUUAUUUUUAGACUCAUUGCCCUUUGUUAUUUGUGUACCUUUAAUUUUGUCUGGAGCAUAUCUUGAAUAUUAUUAAUGGUACCAACUAGAAACUUCAAAGAUAGGCAGAACUAGUUAAAGGGUUGUGAAUUGCACAAGAAGGCCUGCUCUCGGUAUUUUAGAGUUAUUGCCCUUUGUACAUUUUUACUUUUAUUUUGAUUCCUGCAUAUAUUGAAAACUUUAAGUGGAAUAAUCUUGAAACUUAAUAGGUAGAUCUUAUUAAUGAGAUGUGUAUUUCACAAAAACCAUAACGUUUGCCUAAGAGUUAUUGCUAGAGGUAUCUACUUGACAUUUUACAGACAGAACUCAAUAGUGGGAAGGGCUGUGUACAGGAGCCUUUACUGUUCAUUUUAGUCGCGUUCUGAGAAAACUGGGUUUAAUGCAUGUGCGUAAAGUGUCGUCCCAGAGAAGCCUGUGCUGUCUGCACAGGCUAAUCAGGGACGACACUUUCUGCCUUAACUGGAUUUUCGUGUAAAGAGUCUUCAUUUAAAUGAAAAAUACCAUAAAAGCAGAAAGUGUCGUCCCUGAUUAGCCUGUGCAGACUGCAGAGGCUAAUCUGAGACGACACUUUACGCACAUUUUUGCCCAGUUUUCUCAGAACGCGUCUCAUUUCAUGAUUAGCAGCAUUGCGCUUGUUAAUUGUCAUGUUAAAAUUUUUACAAGGCAUUUAUUAACUACAUUAUGAGGUAUCAAUGCAAACUUUAUUGUUUAGUAGCUUCCAAGGUUGGAAAACCUGUUUUAGAAUUUAACUGCCUAUGCCCUCUGACAAAGCGGCUUUCAGGGGUAUUUUGGGUGUAACAGUGACAAUUCUAUUUUUUUAUGCUUUUGUAACCAUUCUUGUUUUUGCAAUACCAAGUAGACAUGCAUGGGUAUUUUGGGGAUUUUUUUGCUAUUUUUGGUGUUUUUGACAAUGCUUGGAAUAAAAAGGUGUGAAACAAAA